AAGAGGCGCCCCAGAGCCCGCGCCCGCCCCCCAAGAUGCGAUGGGGGGUCCUCCUGCUGCUCGCCCUGCUGCGCGAGGCCGCGGGGCAGGCUCGCGGCAGGCUGGAGGCAGGACGCCUCCAUGGCCGCUCCUUGGAGCAGGGAGCAGGGACAAAGCUGCUGGGCUGGAGGCGGAAGACUCGGGAGAGUUUGCUGGAGACCGACAGGACCCGCAUCAGCCAGGACCUGGUAGGAGGCAGCUUGGCCAUUGACACCCUGCCAGAUAAUGAGACGCAGAUUGUGGAAGACAACCAUAGCUACUACGUGUCACGGUUCUACGGGCCAGGGGAGGCGCGCACCAAAGAGCUCUGGGUCGACGUGGCAGAAGCCAACAGGAGCCAAGUGAAAGUCCAUGGGAUCCUGUCCAACAUGCACAGGCAGGCCUCGAGAGUCAUCCUGUCCUUCGACUUCCCCUUCUAUGGUCAUCACCUGCGGCAGAUCACCAUAGCAACAGGAGGUUUCAUCUUCAUGGGGGAUGUCAUUCACCGCAUGCUCACGGCCACCCAAUACAUUGCGCCCCUGAUGGCCAACUUCAACCCCAGCUACUCCCGCAACUCCACCAUCAAGUACUUCGACAACGGGACGGUGUUUGUGGUGCAGUGGGACAAGGUCUAUCUUCAUGGGAAGGAGGAUGUUGGCAGCUUCACGUUCCAGGCUGCUCUGCACAGCGAAGGGAGAAUCGUCUUUGGGUACAAGGAGAUCCCCAUGUCGGUCCUGGAGAUCAGCGCCACGCAGCACCCCGUCAAAGCUGGCCUGUCCGAUGCCUUCAUGCUCCUCAACCCUUCCCCUGAUGUUCCCGAGUCUCGCCGCAGGACGAUCUAUGAGUACCACCGCGUGGAGCUGGACACCAGCAAAGUCACUAGCAUAUCGGCCGUGGAGUUCACCCCAUUGCCCACCUGUCUCCAGCAUCAAAGUUGUGAUGUGUGCGUGACCUCGAAGCUGACUUUCAACUGCAGCUGGUGUCAUGUCCUGCAGAGAUGCUCCAGUGGGUUUGACCGAUACCGUGAGGAGUGGCUAUCACAUGGCUGUGGCCAAGAGUCGGACGAGAGGACCUGUGAGGAUUGGGCAGAGAGUGACCACUACUCACUGUCCCCAUACAGUCCCUUCACGUCAUUUGAUGAAGAUGUCACUACUUCCUCUCUUUUCAUUGGCAGCCUCACCACGGAAGAUGACACAAAGCUGAAUCAGUAUGCAAUAGGGGAUGGAGUGAGAAAUGACCUUCCCACGAAGACAGGCGGGACCCCGAUUCACACCGGGACCAUCGUGGGGAUAGUCCUGGCCGUCCUGCUCAUUGCAGCCAUUAUUCUUGCUGUAAUUUACAUCAGCAGCCAUCCCACCUCCAGCGCUGCCUUGUUCUUCAUUGAGCGGAGACCACACCACUGGCCAGCCAUGAAGUUCCGAAACCACACCAACCACACAACAUACUCUGAGGUGGAACCUGCUGGCCAUGAGAAGGAGGGCUUUGUGGAAGCAGAACAGUGCUGAGCACAUUUCUUUUCCUUCCCCAUCCCCGCAAUGUCCCUUGUCUUCAGGGUUAGAGUCUCCCGUUAUUCUGUUGCAAACUGUCUCCUCUGUCUGGAAAGGAACAGAAACUGGAGGAAAAAGACCCAAUGGAGUAUUGAAAAAAAAUGAAUCAGGGCAAUGCAAGAAUGUGACUCUGCAGGACUCCUCUGGGAACAGCAAAGCCUGAAGCAGAAGCAGUGCGUUAUAAUGUCAGUCUCUGCCUGCAGUUUGGCGCCAGAGACCUGGGGGUGUCAGUAGGGAAAGCUUCAGUCGAGUUAGGGGUUUUUCGUGUGCUGUUGACUUCUUCCCUCCCACCCCAGGCAUCUAAGAGGAGCAGUUCCCAAUCUGGGUCGCAUCCUUUCCUCCUCCACUCA